AUGACAGAGCUGAAGUUCAUGGACUUGGAGCAGAACCAUUUGGAAGGGGAGCUGCCGGGGACCCUCACUCAUCUUGUACACCUUAGAACCUUGUAUGUAUCAAACAAUCAACUCUAUGGCCACAUCACCACGCAGCUCGGGAACCAGAGCAAUCUAGUUGACCUCGACAUUUCCAGCAACAAUUUCUCGGGGACUUUACCACAGUCCAUUUGCACAGGAGCACUGUAUACAUUCCGGGCUAGCAGCAAUGGAAACCUCAACAUCACCGGGGCAAGUCUCAACGGGACGCUUGCCGGACUGGACUUCUCCGCUUUCCCUCACCUGGAGAGCCUUCAUCUGGAGUCCAAUGACCUGUACGGCUCCAUCCCGGAGGAGAUCGGCAACCUGACGAGCUUGACUUCGUUGUGGAUCAUGCAUGACGAACAUUUAACGGGGGAGAUCCCGCGUAACAUCGGAAAGCUGAAGCAGCUCGUCGUGAUAGAGUUGUCAAAAUCGGGGCUUAAUGGUGCGAUCCCUGCCGAGAUUGGUAACCUGACAAGCUUGGAAGAACUGUCUCUCUGGGGGAACAGUCUGACGGGCUCAAUCCCACCAACAAUUGGGAGGCUUGAGAAGCUCAAGAAGCUUGAUCUGAGUUUCAACAAUUUGACAGGGAGCAUCCCACUAGAGAUUGGCAACAUGACAGAGCUGAAGUUCAUGGACUUGGAGCAGAACCAUUUGGACGGGGAGCUUCCGAGCACCCUCUCUCUCCUUGUAAAACUUAAAUCCUUGUCUGUGUCAAACAAUCAACUCGAAGGCCACAUCACCACGCAGCUCGGGAACAAGAGCAAUCUAGUUUGGAUCGACAUUUCCGGGAACAACUUCUCCGGCACUUUCAUUUGCACAGGAGCACUGUAUGCAUUCUGGGCUAGCAGCAAUGGGUUUGCAAACCUACAUCUACAUGACCUGAACUUUCAGAACUGCACGUCCCUGCAGCUUGUUGGAUUUGCAGCAAACAAUAUUCUUGGAGACCUCAGCGAAUGGCUUGGUACACUUCCUAAACAACUUAACCUCCUGUAUCUCGAACUAGAUCAAAACAAAAUCACCGGUAAAAUACCUCCAACACUUGGAAAUAUGACUAACCUAAUAUACCUCAACCUGGGACAUAAUCUACUCACCGGCACAAUUCCUCCGGAACUGGGGAAACUGAUUGAAAUUAUCACACUAAAUUUGAGUUACAAUCAUUUGUUAGGCCCCCUUCCUCCAACCAUGCGAAACCUUUCUUCUCUCAGAUUGCUGGAUUUGUCAAAUUGUAGCCUUACUGGUCCAGCAUACAACCUUUUUAUUACUGAUCAUUCCAUUUUUUCAUCAAAUAUCUCAUUUCCAGAUAUUAAGGUACUUUCCCUUUCCUCUAACUAUAUUACUGGAACCAUACCUAUGUUACUUUGUAAUGCUAACUAUCUAAGGAUCCUAGACCUGUCAAAUAAUGCCUUAUACGGAGAUCUCCCAGAUUGUUUGUGGGAGCUGCCACCUUUACAGUUUAUGGAUUUGUCUAGUAAUUCAUUCAGUGGUGUAGUUCCAUUCUCGAGGUCAUCUAACAUCACUCUUCAAUCUCUACACCUAGCCAACAACCAUUUCAAAGGCAGUUUUCCUGCUAUCAUUAAAAAAUGUGACAAGCUUAUCACUCUAGAUCUUGGAAACAAUUACUUCACUGGUGAAAUACCUUCUUGGAUAGCCGAGAGCUUGCCGCAACUCAGAUUUCUUCGAUUGUCAUCAAACAUGUUUGAUGGAACUAUACCAAAACAAAUUUUACAAUUUCGCCUGCUCCAACUAUUAGAUUUGUCAAACAACAAGCUCACUGGUCCCAUACCCGUUGAUUUUGCAAGCUUUACUGGCAUGAUAAAGCAAGAACAUGGGGCAAUCGUAUACUAUGAUGUGUAUUCCGAGCAAAUUCAACUAGUUUGGAAGAAUGAGAAUUAUGUGUACAGCAAGACAAUUGCCUUUGUUACGGGUAUUGACUUGUCGCGCAAUUCCCUUUCACAAGGAAUUCCUGAGGGGCUCGCGACCCUCCAUGGACUCAAGUACUUGAACUUGUCAAGAAAUAAUCUUUCGGAUGAUAUUCCCGAAGACAUCGGCAAUCUAGCAUUGCUAGAAUCCCUCGACCUGUCAUCUAACCAGCUGGAAGGGGAAAUUCCUCCUAGCUUUGCAGAUUUGAAGUCUAUAACAACACUGAACCUCUCGAACAAUGGCUUGUCAGGAAGGAUACCGACUGGUAGUCAGCUGCAGACACUUGUUGAUCCAUCAAUAUACAGCAACAACCCAGGGCUAUGCGGUUUUCCUUUGAAAGAAUGUGCAGGUGCAACGUCAUCACAGACUGAAAUGAGCCAGGAUGAUGAUAGAGAGGCACUGUGGUUGUAUUGCUUUGGGGUUGCCGGAUUUAUCUUUGGGUUCUGGCUAUCCUGGGGCAUCGUAUUUUGCAACGAGACCUGGAGAUAUGCACUCUAUCAGUACGUCGAUAACAUGCAAGAGAAGGUCGCAAAGAUUGCUGCAUAUCGUUGCUCCAGGGCCAGGCCCUGAAUGACGACGUGCGCCUGAUGGUUCUGAAGCAAAUGUAUUUGGCAUAAUCCAAUGCCUUAGCUCCCUUCUUAACGUUUGUCCUAGAUUGUUUGUAAUCCGGAGGACAAGCUAAAUACAUGAUUGGCAUGGAGUGAUUGGCUUAUGGCUGUUCAAACUUCAAAGUUGAAACACUUUUAAGGCCCCAUGUUUCUGAAUAGAGUAUGAUAUUUUGCUCUAGUGAAAGUAGCUACUGUAUGAACCAGAAAUCAAAAUCCAAGAGGGCAGGACCUCACCUUGAGAUGAUGCACGAGUAUAAAGGAUUCAGGGGAUGCUGGGUGCCAGCGCUGGCGUCACGCACAGAAUCCGCACGCACCUCUGCUGCUUCCCAGCUGCGCUGCUGGUCAAACUUGCAACAAACGGGGAUUACGGCCUCGUUGUUGAAUACAACAAUUGUUAUGAAUUUUCCAUGUGUUAUGCACGAAUAUAGAAAAGUUCAUGACGACUGAUAGGAGAAGUUCAGGACGACUGAUAGGAGAAGUUCAUGAUGACUGAUAGGCUCUCGGAGCAGCUUGUGAAGAUGUUGUCCUGUGCUUCUUUGCUGUGGUUCAUUCUGUACUCUAGCCAAACAUCUUCAGACUAAGA